AUGUACAAGAACAAUUGGACUAGUUGGACAUUGGUGAAUUUGAUGGCACCUUAUGAUUUAAUAGAUAAUUAUCAAAACUACAUCGAUAAUAAUCAACUCGUUCAUCAGCAAUUAUAUUAUUGUCGUUGCAAAAAUGAACAAACGUUUGGUCCACACUGUCAAUACACUUUCAGAGGACAGUAUGAAUAUCGACGUUUUCAUGAAUAUUUUGGUGCGUAUUAUAAUUUUAAGAACGAUAUGCCAAUAGAAUCCAUGUAUGAAAUCACCAAUGGAACAUGUUAUGUUGAUCUAAACUGUACGGUGAAUAGUCUAUGUUUGCAAUGGAAUGAAGUGUGUGAUGGUAAACGCGAUUGUUUCAAUGGUGAAGAUGAACAAAAUUGUUCGAUAUUUGAAUUCUUCGAAUGUAAUGAUGACUAUCGAUGCUUGAACGGAUUUCAUUGCGUACCAAAAGAGUUUACGAUGGAUUUUAGUUUGGACUGUACCGAUGGUAGUGAUGAGCAAGUUUAUACUAUUUGUAGUUCAAAACUGUUUCCAUUUGAAUGUUCAGAUGUUCACUGUGGCUGGGAAUCGUUUUCAUGUGGUGAUGGCGAAUGUAUUGAAUUUCAAUUCAAUUCGAAUGAUCCGGAUGAUGAGCAUUGUGAAAAUCAGCGUGAUUGGUAUUAUAUACAGAAUCUUUUGAUCAAAUCCGAGACGAUGAAUGAAGAUUGCUGGACAUCGGUCUUGUGUUUAUUCGGACUGGAGAAAUAUUUUCCAUUUGAUAUUACAAAAUGUGUGAGAAAACUCAAUGAAUGCACUGAGUUGAUUCGUUUUCCAUUUACAAAAUAUUUAUAUUUGAAUUAUCAUGUUUACUUUCUAUAUGAAAAGGAAACAUCGAUGAACAAAACUCGAAAUAUGAUUAAUCCAGAUUAUAUUUGCUAUGACGGACAACGGUGUUCGAAAGUAUGUUCACAAAAUCGAACAAUAAUGGAUGGUAUUCAUACAUGUUGUCCCAUCAAGUUUCGGAAGAGUUUUCGAAAAAGUGAAUGGGCAAAUUUGUAUAGUUCGGUAUCUGGCGUCUUCGACAAGCAAUGCUUGUCAAUCUAUUAUCCUGAAUUAGAUUCUAAUCGAACGAAUAAUUGUUCUAACUCUUUAUUUCAUUGCCCAAAUACACAGAAAUGCAUUUCUCGUCAUCGUGUUUUUGACGGUGUUCCAAAUUGUUAUGAUGAAUUUGAUGAAGAUAAAAAUGUCGACUCGUGCCAACUAAAUAUUCCCAAUCGUUUUCAAUGUUCAACGUCGAAACAUCAAUGUAUACCCAAGUACUUUGUCAUGAAUGGUGAAAUCAAUUGUGUGGAUGAGUCGGAUGAAAAAUUCCCAGAAAAAUGUUUGUAUUUGUUUCAAACAAGCUACGCGUGUGACUUCAUUCGAGGAAUAACAUCGUUUCCUAUUCAUAAUUAUGUUUUUAAAGAUGUAUGUAACGGAAUAAUUGAACACCAAUAUGAAAAUGAAACCGACGAAAGUGAUUGCCAUCUUUGGCCAUGUGCAUCGCCAUCGACAUUGUGUAACGUCAAGUGGCAUUGUCCAAAUGGCUUUGAUGAAGUCAGAUGUCCUCACACUCAUCACUCAAAUACUUUUGAAAGAGUUUGCGAAUUAAACGAACAUGCAUGUAUCGAUGUCCUCACUCGGAAUUGGUCAUGUUUACCAUUAGAUCGUGCAGGUGAUCAAUCUGUUGAUUGUAUUGGUGGUAUCGAUGAACAAUAUAACAACUCAUGUAGCCAAAACACGACAUGUUUAUCGCCGAGCAAGUUAUGUGACGGAAUAGAUGAUUGCCCAUUCGGAGCCGAUGAAACAAUGGUGUGUCCUUGGUUAAAUAUAAAUUCGUCGAAGUGUGAUUUAAAACGAAACUUUCGCUGUCGAGAUGGAGUUUGUGUCAAUCGAAAAUAUCAAUGUGAUGGGAUAUUUCACUGUACCGAUAAAGCCGACGAAUGGUUUUGUUGGAAUAAAAAGCAUGCGACAUCGAAUCAGAAAACAAUGGUAGUUUCUCAGACACGUCGAGAUUUAUCAGGAAUCGAUGUAAACAAGCAUUCAUGGUUUUGCAAUUUGGGCUUUCCAAUUUAUGGAAUCGAUAACAAGACGAUCGAAAGUUGUUUAUGUCCACCAGCCUUCUAUGGUGAACGUUGCCAAUAUCAAUCAAAUCGAAUCAUUCUUACUUAUCGUAUCGAUGUUCCCGGAUAUCUGGAAAAUCAAAUGCUCAAAUUUGUCUUUUUUCUUUAUAAUACUAAUACAACAGAAAUAGUCGAUUAUGACGAGAUUGUAUUUUUACCACUAAGAACAACAUUUCAACCAACGAAACAUUAUAUUUAUUUAGUUUAUUCUCAAAAAGACAUUAGAAAUCGACAGAAUGGUAUGAUAUAUGCGGUUCAUGUCAAUGCUUAUUUUGUUACGAUCUCAAAUCUUGAAUUUAAAUGUGCUUGGCUCUUCGAUAUUCCUGGUCAUAUGAAUAUAUUACCGGUUCAAAGAAUUGUCAGUCGACUUAUAAUCGAUGCCCAACGACUCUACUUUCAAUGUUCAUCGAAAAGGUAUUGUAAUUCCAAUGGAUUAUGUAAACAGUACAUGAAUCACCCUGAUCUAUUCUAUUGUUAUUGUUAUUCACAAUGGUUUGGUAAUCAAUGUCAAUAUCGAAUUCCAUCGACUUUUUCGUCGGUAUGUUCAGCAGGAUCAGCAACUAUUUAUGAUUCAGUACAUAUGAAAUCGAUUUGUAUAUGUCUAUCGUCACAAACAGGCCCGACAUGUCGCGUUCCACGUGUGUAUUGUGAUAAAUCUAUGUGCAAAAAUAAUGGUAUAUGCUUAUUAAUGACUGCGCGUGAUUGGAUUGCAAAGACUGCUUGUUUAUGUUCGGAGCAAUAUGCGGGACAACAAUGUCAGGCUGAAUCAUUACAAACCUCGUUGAAAUUAUCCGAUUUUUUACUUGCAGACACGGAUUUAUCAGCAAUUAUUUAUUAUUUUGUUGUUUUUUUACCUACUAAUCUGACAAGCAGUGCCGUACCUUAUUAUCAUACUGAAGAAGAAGAAAUUUCAUUUAGGUUGAAUAUUAGACAAACAAAACUAAUGACAACAGAUUUGCAAUCAAUAUCGACGAUUUAUGUUCGUCGAAUGUAUUAUGGAACACUAAUAUCUGCAAGUGUAGAACAUUAUUUGUCAAUAGUGCAAGUCUAUUUUUCCAAUUUGACUGAACAAUUAUACUAUUACAAUCAUAAUUAUACAAAUUCAUCAAUGAAGAGACUAACGGUACCCAUUGGAGACAGUCGAUGUUUAUCCACACGUGACUUAUUCAAUACAACAGUAUUGGAAUCUCAUCCAUUGAAGCGUUUGAAAUACUAUCAUCAACCGUGUAUUGAAAAUCUGACGACAUGUUUUUAUGAUCAUGUUUAUUUAUGUCUAUGUAGUCAUCGGUAUAGAUUUGCUAAAUGUUAUUUAUUUUCAUACGAUCGUAGUCAAUGUUCGAGAAAUAUUUGUCAAAAUCAAGGUAAAUGUUUACAGGAUGAUGAACGAUCGAACACAUUGAAUACGAAAUGUUUAUGUCAAAAAUGUUAUCAUGGAAAGUUAUGUCAAUAUUCAACAUCGGAUUAUUCCCUUUCACUUGAUGUUUUACUUAGCGAAGGUUUAAAUCUUCCACUCAAUACACCAAUGUUCGAACAAACAAUUCUCAUACAAAUAUGUUUUUAUAUUAUCAUUCUCUUUGUUUUUCUCGGUUUGAUAUUUAAUUUGUUGACAUUUGUAACAUUUUGUCAAGCUGACACACGUGAGACCGGAAGUGGAAUUUACCUUUUGAUAUUAUCGAUUAUCAAUCAAUUCGAUUUGGUUUUGUUGUUAAUUCGAUAUUUCUUUCUGGUUCGAUUGGAGACGAAGUUGUACUUUUGUAAAUUGUUCGAAUAUUUAGCGAAAUUUUCUCCGGCGAUCAGUGAUUGGCUGUCGACAUUUGUGACAAUUGAUCGUGCUUAUUCCUUAUAUCUUGCUCCAAAAUUUGAUAAAGAAAUCAGUAGGAAAAUUGCGAAAAUUAGUAUUAUUUUAUUGAUAAUUCUUCAGUUGAUAAUUUAUUCGCAUGAGUUAGUUUUUCGACAAGUCAUUCAAGACCUAUUGGAUUAUGAGAAUAAUCGUUUAUGGUGUGUUCUUACAUUUGAGAAUUCCACUUGGGUGAACAAAUAUCAUGUCAUCAUGAAUAUUUUCAACAUAGUCUUACCAUUUAUAUGUAAUUUUCUUUGUGCAUUGUAUAUCAUUUGGAAAAUAGCUUUGUCACAUUUAAAAUUACAAAAAAAUCGGCAAUUUUCGUCGAUUUUAUAUAAUGAAUUCAUCAAACAUAAACACUUAUUGAUCUCACCAUUAUUAUUAAUUUUGUUGAAUGUACCACGUUUAAUAUUCAUGUUUAUUUUUGUAUGUUUUAAUUUAUCAAUUCAUUGGCAGAAAUAUUUAUCACUUUGUAUUUAUUUCUUCGCAUUUAUGCCAAGACUUUUGACCUUCUUCGUAUUUGUUCAAACUUCAACAUUAUACAGAGAUCAAAUGAAACUUUUUCUUAAAAAUGCUUUUCGCUUUCGUGCAUAA